GUUCCACUUUGACCACUUCAAUACGCCAAGGCCGUUUCAAUAAUGAACAAAGCCGCCGCGACACCCGACACUUAGUUAUUGCACUUCCGCCCUCGCUGACUUUGACAUCCAACCGGCCCACGAUGAAGUGCCCCGAGAAGGAACUCAAGAAGAUCAGCGAGGAGGACGUCUGGAGUCUGUCCGGCACAGAACUCGGCGUCAACUUCCACACCAUCGGCGAAAUCAUCGGCUUCGUUUUCAGCGCCAUAUCCAUAGGUGUCAGCCUAUACCUGAUCUUCCGCCAUGCGACGCACUACUCGAGACCGUGGGAGCAGCGACAAACAAUCCGCAUUCUGUUUAUGAUACCCAUUUACGCGACCGUCUCGCUCCUUUCCUUUCACUACUACCAAAAACACGUAUACUUCGAGGUCAUGCGCGACUGCUACGAGGCCUUUGCAAUCUCCAGUUUCUUCGCCCUGCUCUGCAACUAUGUUGCGCCCUCCGUCCAUGAGCAGAAGGAGUACUUCCGACACGUCGAGCCCCUAAAUUGGGUGUGGCCCCUCACAUGGGCGCAAAAAAUCAGCGGAGGAGAGAACAAGGGCUGGCUUCGGAAGCCGCGGAGUGGACUGACCUGGUUCAACGUUAUAUGGAUCUCCGUCUUUCAAUACUGCUUCAUCCGCGUCUUCUUCACCUUUGUCGCUGUCGUUGCGCAGUACUAUGAGGUUCUCUGCGAAGAUUCAUGGUCGCCCGCCUUUGCGGAGGUUUACAUUGAAAUUUUCCAGGCCGGGGGCGUCACCAUCGCCAUGUAUUGCGUAAUUCAGUUCUACAUUCAACUCAAGCCGGACCUGGCACAGCACUCUCCAUUUUUGAAGGUCCUCGCCAUCAAGCUGGUCAUCUUCUUCUGCUUCUGGCAAGGCCUGCUCAUCGACUUUCUCACGAACCACGAUAUCUUGACAACAUCCGAUUACCUCGCGUAUGCUGAUAUCAAGGUCGGAAUACCUUCUCUCCUCGUCUGCGUUGAAAUGGCCUUCUUCGCCGUCCUGCACCUCUUCGCGUUUCCCUGGAAGCCCUACAGAGUCAGUAAGACUCAAGUCGCAAUGGAUCCAAACUACACCGCGGACCCCGAUGCGCCUCUUACUGGCGAGAAAAGGCCGAAGAGAUACAAGGGUGGUAUCAUGGGGCUUGGUGCCAUUAUCGAUGCUUUUAACAUCUGGGACGUUGUCAAGGCUUCCGCACGCGGUUUCCGCUGGCUAUUUGUCGGCGUCCGGCAUCGUCACGAAGAUGCCAGCUACCAAAAGACUGGCCUGACCACACAGGCAAGCGCCCUCGGACCCGUGGAGAUGACAGACCAGAGCAGCGCUUACCAGCGAACCCGGACAGAUUCCCGCACCCGAGACGGAUAUGGAGAUGAAUUCGAUAGAAGGUCGAGCAUAGACGCCGACGACAGCCCUGGACACAGCCCUUUCGAGCACCCGGACGAACGAAGGGGAAGAGUGCAGCAGGAUUAUGGAUUUGGGCAGCACGGGCAGUUUGACAAUGCGGAAACGUCGUAUGGCAGGGGCAGAGUGGACUCGGACGCGAUGUAUGGGCCGGGCAACCGACAGAGGAGCCCCGACAAUCACGACGAGAGCGAUGAGCUGCACCUACUGAGCCAUGCACAGCCACAACCGACCAAGUUUGUCUGAUGCGUUGGCCCGACUUUUCCCAGUAUGUCCAGUCUGGUGUUGGGGUGUUUUAUUGUUGUAUUUUUCUUCUACGCCCACGGCUGCUGCACGAGGAACACUGUUAGGGAAAAAGGAUGCUAUUUUUUCUUAUUUUAUUUCUUUAGUUACUACUAUACUCGCACACAGUGCUCCGCGAGUUUGUCUGGAACGAACCGUAACGACAUCAAUCAAAGCCUCGGCCCUCAGUUUCAGUUUGUUCGGACAUGAGAUAAAUGGUGCGACACGUCACGUAGGCAGUGCUGGCGAUACGCCAUCUU